GAAAAUUUCGAGAUCUUAUUGUGGAUAUCUUAGAAGAAAGCUGGAAAGAUGAAGUACGUAAUAAACUUGCUGAAGUAUUCAAAAACAAUGAAGAAGAUUUCGCCAGAAUUCUUUUUUUCCUUGAUGAAGAAGACAAAGCUUACAAAGACGACAGUGACAGACCUUACGCACCACAAUGGAGAUCUUUGAAAGCCAAAGUGAAGAUGGAUAAAGCUUUUCGAGAGUUUGCCAAAAGGCUUUCAGAUGAAACAAGAAUACCAAAAAAAGAUGAAAGGUUUCGAAAGCAUUUGAUCAUCGUUUAUGAACAAAUAUUGUCCCAUUGCGACGACACAGUUGAAAUAGAAAAAUGUCAGAAACCCGAUCCUAAUCAAUUUGAUGCGAUUUCUAAGUCAGCUUUUAGUGGUUUGGCAAGGGCUUGGAGUAUCAUUCCUACAGAUUCGAAAGUUUCUCUUAUGAAUAGCAUUAGAGAAAUCGUAAGUAAAUCUGGUAUGACUCAAGUAGAAAAUGUUUUGGCUGUAGCAGAUCAUGAGAUGGGCGGCACAACAGCAAUGGUGGACCAACCUGCUUUCCACAUCCGCUAUGAUGUACGUGUUAAUAUCAAGCUUUGGUGGAAAAGUAAAAUAUCAGGAGAACGAUGCAUUAAGAAUGUACUGGAUUUAACGGUCACAAUAGCUGGUAUGGCAGGAGGUGCUGCUGGGGUUUAUAUUGGAUCAGCAAUAGCAGGUCCUUUAGGAGGUCUGGUAGGGGGGUUUGCUGGUGGGUGGCUCUCUGCUGCGGGAAUGAGGUAUGUCUCUGAUUGGAUGACACAAAAUUUGUUUGGGCUACCAAAACAAAAAGCUCUGGAAAAUGCUUAUCGAUACUUGGGUGCGGAAACGACUGCUUCUAACGCAGAGGUGAACACCGCAUUCCGAAAGCUUGCUCUUAAACACCACCCAGACAGAGGAGGAAACGAAGAAAACUUUUUAACCCUUCAGUUAAAUAUGGCUGUAAUCAAAGAAGCUAGAGAGAAUUCUUAA